GGAAGGAAAAGAAGAAGAAGUGAAGAAGAAAGUGCGAAAAUUAAGGAGAACGCUCCAAGGAGCUCCAAAGAGAUAAUGGACAGGCGGCUCCAUGGACGCGGACGCGGAUGGUGUACGCAGGCAGGAGUUGCGGCUCCCCUGCUGCUCCUCUUUCUGAUGUCUGCCAUGGAAUCCGGCUGCCAGGCGGGGGACACCAAGCUGGGGCCCACGCUAGAGCUACUAGCGCCCCGAGGGCGUAGCUACGCCACCACCUACGAACAGUACGCGGCCUUUCCGAGGCGACGCAGCUCAUCGCCGGCGGGCGAGAUGCAAUCCCGUGCAGUGGACACCAGCGCCGACUUCGAGGUGCUCGAGGGUCAGCCGCGUGGCACCCUGGUGGGCUUUAUACCCACCAAGCCGAAGUUCACGUAUAGAUUCAAUGAGCCGCCGCGCGAGUUCUCGCUGGACCCCGUCACGGGGGAGGUGAAAACGAAUCUGGUGCUCGACCGCGAGGGCAUGCGCGACCACUACGACCUUGUGGUGCUCUCCUCACAGCCGACGUACCCCAUAGAGGUGCGCAUCAAGGUGCUGGACAUCAACGACAAUGCGCCAGAGUUUCCGGAGCCCAGCAUUGCGGUGUCCUUCUCCGAGAGCGCCGUGUCGGGCACGCGUCUGCUGCUGGAUGCAGCCACCGAUGCGGACACCGGGGAGAAUGGGGUGACCGAUCAGUACGAGAUUGUGGCAGGCAACGUGGACCACAAGUUCCGGCUGGCCACCACCACGAAUCCCAGCGGGGACACAUCCUACCUGCACCUGGAGACGACGGGCAAUCUGGACCGCGAGUCGCGUGGCAGCUACCAGCUGAACAUAUCGGCACGUGACGGCGGCUCCCCGCCACGCCUGGGCUACCUGCAGGUGAAUGUCACCAUUCUGGACGUGAACGACAAUCCGCCCAUCUUCGAUCACAGCGACUACAACGUGUCGCUGAAUGAGACGGCUGUGGCCGGCACCCCAGUGGUCACGGUCAUGGCCUCGGACAACGAUCUGGGCGACAACAGCAAGUUGACGUAUUACCUGGCCGAAACGGAGCACCAGUUCACAGUGGAUCCCGAGACGGGUGUCAUCUCCACCACGGAGCGCGUCAAUUGCCCGCAGCAGACGCAGCCGAAUGCUCGCGGCGGUGGCCAGAAGAGCUGCGUGUUCACGGUGUUUGCGCGGGAUCACGGCUCGCCGCGACAGGACGGACGCACCUAUGUGACGGUGAAUCUGCUGGACACCAACGAUCACGAUCCCAUCAUACGGUUCCAGUACUUUCCGCCCACAGGCAGCGUGGCCACCGUCGAUGAGAAUGCGGUGAACGGCACCGUGGUGGCUGCCGUGUCUGUGAUUGACUCGGACGACGGCCUCAACGGCGAGACCACCACGCGGAUCGUGUCUGGCAAUGAGCUGGGCCACUUCCGACUGGAGAAGACGCCACUCUUCCACAUUGUGCGCGUGAACGGCGUGCUCGAUCGCGAGGAGAUUGGCCAGUACAACCUGACGGUGGUGGCCAUGGACAAGGGCACCCCAGCACGCACCACGACAGCGCAUCUGAUCAUUGACGUGAACGAUGUGAAUGACCACGAGCCGGUGUUCGAGAAGUCCGAGUAUUCGGCGGUGCUCAGCGAACUGGCGCCCACGGGCAGCUAUGUGGCAUCCAUAACCGCCACGGAUGAGGACACGGGCGUCAAUGCGCAGGUCCACUAUGAGAUUCUCUCGGGCAACGAGCUCAAGUGGUUCUCGAUUGACCCCGCCACGGGUCUGAUUGCCACUGCUGGAGCGUUGGACCGCGAGAUCAAGGACAGCGUGGAGCUGAGCAUCUCAGCGCGCGAUGGCGGACCCAAUCCAAAGUUUGCCUACACACAGCUGAAGGUGACCGUGCUGGAUGAGAACGAUGAGGCACCGCAGUUCGGGCAGCGGCAGCUGAACGUGAGCCUCAGCGAGGAUGUGCCAGCGCAGAGCCUCGUCUCCAUGCUGACUGCCACCGAUCACGACCAGGGCACGAAUGGCUCUGUGGCAUUCUCGCUGGCGCCCAGCGUGGAGCGUCUCUAUCCGCAGCAGUUCGCCAUUGACUCCAUAACGGGCCAAUUAACGACGCGCAAGGCGCUCGAUCGUGAGACAAUGGCGAAUUAUGAAAUUUUUGUGAUCGCUCGCGAUCAGGGUGCACCCACACCACAGUCGGCCACGGCCACAGUCUACUUGAGCGUGGCAGAUAUCAACGAUAACGAUCCCGAGUUUUAUCCCAAGCAUUACAUCUACACGUUCAGCGAUGUGGACAAUCAUGGCCAGGGACAGGGCCAGGGCCAAGCGAAGGGUCAGGAGAAUGGGCAGGAACGAACGCUGCUGCAUGUCACGGCCACAGAUCGGGACGAGGGCGAUAAUGCCUUAAUUACGUACAACCUGGAGUCAGGUGGAGAGGGCGUGUUCCAUGUGGAUGCCCAUUCUGGCGCUGUGCUGCUGCGCGGCGACAUGCUACGCACCGCCACAAAGCCACACUACAAGCUGCUGGUCUCUGCGCGAGACUCCGGCCAGCGACGUAGCGCACAGAACGCUGUGGUGGACAUUGUCACUGAGACAUUGACAACGACACAGCUGGAGUGUGGCAGCCAGGGCGCCUAUGAGUUCCACCUUACCGAGGAUCACGAGCAGCAGCAGGCGCGCCUCGGCCGCGAGGUGGGACUUGUGCAGGUUAAGGUUAAGGGGCAGGUCGCUGCUGCUGCUGCUGCUGCCAUUGAGUACGUCAUUAUCCAUGGCGACAGAGCGGGCAACUUCGCCAUCGAUGCCCACUCGGGCCGCAUCACCACCGCUCGCCCCAUCGAUCGCGAGGAGCAGUCACACUAUCGGCUGGUUAUCUUGGCAUCCAGCUCGAGCUCCAGCUCAGCCACUGGCAUUGUAUAUGGCAAGUGCAAUGUCAACAUUGCGAUCAUCGAUCUGAACGAUAAUGCGCCCAGCUUUGCCCUCGAUCGUGAUGCAGAGCCAACGAUUUCGCUGCCAGAGAACGCUGCCGUGGGGCAGGAGAUUUACUUGUCGCGAGUGCGCGAUCGCGACGCGGGCAUCAACAGUCGCGUCAGCUACAAUCUCACCCACAAUCCCGAGCAGCAGUUCCGCAUUGGACCAGUCACAGGAGUGCUCUAUCUGCAGCGUCCGGUUCGCGCGGAUCCUGGCUCCAUUUUGAGAGUGGAGCUAAUGGCCACGGAUGCGGGCAGUCCGCCGCUGUCCAACAGGCUCAGUCUGCUGGUGCACAUUGCCGAUGUGAACGAUCACACGCCCGUCUUCGAUCACACCUCGUACGAGACUUCGCUGCUGGAGACGACCAAGGUGAACACUCGCUUCUUUGCCCUGGCCGCCACUGACAUUGAUCUGGAGGAGAACGGGCGCAUUUCGUACGAGAUCAUUGAGGGGAAUGCGGAUCGCAUGUUUGGCGUCUUCCCCGAUGGUUAUCUGUUCGUGCGCGCACCACUGGACCGGGAGGAGCGCGACUAUUACGCUCUGACAGUGUCCUGCCAGGAUGCGGGCAAUCCCUCACGCUCCUCCGUUGUGCCCGUGGUCAUCCAUGUCAUCGACGAGAAUGACAAUGCGCCGCAGUUCACCAACAGCACUUUUACCUUCAGCAUUCCGGAGAAUGCGCCCGCGGACACGUUUGUGGGCAAACUGCUGGCUGUGGACCGGGACAUUGGCCGCAAUGCUGAGCUCAGCUUUACGUUGUCCAGCCAGACACAGGAUUUUACGAUAGACACGCGCAAUGGCUUCAUCAAGACGCUGCGACCCUUCGAUCGGGAGGCGCUGGUGAAGGAGAACCGCAACACGGAGAGCGGCGGCAGCGAGGAGGAGCGCAGUGCCAGCCAGCGAGGAGGAUUCGGCAAUUAUAUGAUGCUGGAGGCCAUGGUCUCGGACAACGGCAGUCCGCGGCUGCACGACAAAGUCAAGGUGAAGGUGAUUGUCACGGAUGUCAAUGACAAUGCGCCGGAAUUCCUGCGUGCCCCGUACCAUGUAACCCUCUCCGAGGGCGCCUCCGAGGGCACGCACAUCAUGCACGUGUUCACGCAGGAUGCGGAUGAGGGCCUCAAUGGCGAUGUGUACUACAGCCUGGCCAGGGGCAACGAAGCGGGACUGUUCACCCUAGACAGUGCCACGGGACAGCUGACGCUGGCCAGAAGGCUGGACCGCGAGUCCCAGGAGGUGCACCAACUGAUUGUCGUGGCCCGCGAUGCAGCGCUGAAGCAGCCGCUCAGCUCGAAUGCCAGCAUCAGCAUUGUGGUGCUGGACGAGAAUGACAACGCCCCGGAGUUUACCCAAUCGAGCAGCGAGGUGUCCGUGCUGGAGACGAGUCCGAGUGGCACGGAAUUGAUGCGCUUCAGGGCCAGCGAUGCGGAUCAGGGUGUCAACAGUCAGGUGGUGUUCAGCAUUUCCGCGGGCAACCGGCGGGACACCUUCCAUAUUGACAGCAUGAGCGGCAGCCUAUAUCUGCACAAGGCGCUGGACUAUGAGGACAUCACCAGCUACACGUUGAACAUCACAGCCUCCGACUGCGGCACUCCGUCGCUCUCCACGACCGUGCUCUACAACGUGGUGGUUGUGGAUGACAACGACAAUCCGCCCAUCUUCCCCAGCACGGCGAUUGUGCGGCAAAUCAAGGAGGGCAUUGCCCUCAAGACUCCGAUUGUUACGGUUACCGCGGAUGAUCCGGACUCAGGGCUAAAUGGCAAAGUGAGUUAUGCCAUCAGCAGGCAGGAGCCGGAGCUGCCCGGCGGACGGCACUUUGGCAUCAACACGGAGACUGGAGUUAUUCACACACUGCGGGAGAUUGAUCGAGAGACCAUCGACACGUUCCGGCUGACUGUGGUGGCCACCGAUCGCGCACAGCCCUCGAGCAGGCAGCUCUCCACGGAGAAGCUGGUGACGGUGAUUGUCGAGGACAUCAACGACAAUGCGCCCAUCUUUGUGUCCAUGAAUGCGGCCAUUCUGCCAGCGAAGCUGCAGGCCAACAGGGAGCAGCCCGUCAUACAAGUGCAAGCAAGGGAUGCUGACUCCUCGAGCAAUGGUUUGGUCACAUACGAGAUUGUCAGCGGCCCGCAGGAGCUCUUUCGAUUGCAGCGCAACACGGGGAUUAUCACAUUCAGCCCUGGAGCGCACUACAAGCCGGAGAUUCGGCAUCAGCUCACGCUCAAAGCCACCGAUGAGGCGGUGCAGAGCGAGCGCAGGAGCAGCGAGGUGUACAUAACGAUCAUCACUCCAGGCAGCGAUCUGUCCGUGCCGCUUUUCGAGCAACCCAACGCGUUGUCCGGCUCUGUCUAUGAGAACGAACCAAUCGGCACGAGCAUCCUCACGGUGAGCGCUCAUCUGCAGGGCGCCGAAAUCGAAUACUUUGUGACGAAUGUGACUGCAAAUGGGAACAAAGCCCAACCCGUGCAAGUGGAUCGUCUGUUUGACAUCGAUGCAAAGCUUGGAAUACUCUCAACGGCAGCCGAACUGGACCGCGAGGCCGGGCCGGACAGCUACGAGGUGGAGGUCUAUGCCAUCGCUUUGGGCGGACAGCCGCGCACAGCGCACACAAAGGUCAAAGUAACAGUUCUCGAUAAGAACGACAGUCCCCCGCAGUUCCUGGAUGCCCCAUUCGUUUAUAAUGUCAGCGAGGAGCUGGAGAUUGGACACACAAUUGCAACGAUACGCGCCCACGAUCCCGAUACACUGGGCACUGUCACAUUCAUGCUGAUUAACGGCCAUGAUGGAAAGUUCCAGCUGGAUGCAACGACGGGCCGACUGGCACUGAACGACACUCUGGAUAGGGAAACGAAGAGCAAGUAUGACGUACGCGUGAGAGUCUCCGAUGGGGUACAGUACACGGAGACGUACAUAGUCAUUGAGGUGAGCGACACCAAUGACAAUCCACCGCUGUUUGAGGAGUCCGUGUACUCCUUUGACAUACCGGAGAACGCGCCCAGAGGCUAUCAGGUGGGUCAGGUGGUGGCCAGAGAUGCGGAUCUCGGCCCGAAUGCGCAGCUCUCCUACGGCGUCGUCUCCGACUGGGCCAAUGAUGUAUUUAGCUUGAAUCCACAAACGGGAAUGCUUACCCUGACAGCACGCUUGGACUACGAGGAGGUGCAGCAUUACAUUCUGAUUGUGCAAGCGCAGGACAGUGGGCAGCCCAGUCUGUCCACCACCAUCACAGUGUACUGCAACGUGCUGGACCUAAACGACAAUGCGCCGCUCUUCGAUCCCAUGAGCUACUCCAGCGAAGUGUUUGAAAAUGUGCCCACGGGGAUGGAGGUGGUCACUGUCUCCGCCAAGGACAUUGACUCGGGCAACAAUGGACUCAUUGAGUACAUCAUCACGGCAGGCGAUGCCGACGAGGAGUUUGGCAUCGAUAGCAAUGGCACCAUACGCACGCGUCGCCAGCUGGAUCGGGAGCGUCGGUCCUCGUACACUUUGACGGUCACCGCGCGCGAUUGUGCAGAUGAAAUUGCCACGUUCAGUGAGCUGGAGGAGACGCAACUGAAGCUUAAGUAUCGCUCACCGCGGCGCUACCAGCAGACGCAGCAGCAGCAACAGUUUUUGGCGCAUCAGAAGCAGCAGCGACUCUCAUCGACGGUGAAGGUAACGAUUCUCAUCAAAGAUGUCAACGAUGAAGUGCCCGUUUUUGUUUCCGCAAAUGAAACGUCGAUCAUGGAGAAUGUGGCCAUCAACACGGUCGUUAUCGCUGUGAAGGCUGUCGAUAACGACGAGGGCCGCAACGGCUACAUCGAUUAUCUGCUUGAGGAGGCAGCAACAGGCGGCGACGACAACGAGCCGCUUCCCUUUUCCCUCAAUCCCACCGACGGCCUCGUGCGCGUUGUGGAUGCCCUGGACCGAGAGCUGCGAGCCAGCUACGUGCUGAACAUCACGGCACGCGACAGAGGGGAGCCGCCGCAGGAAACUGCCACCCAGCUGCUGGUGCGCAUACUCGACGAGAACGACAACAGCCCCGUGUUCGAUCCGAAGCAGUACUCAGCCUCGGUGGCGGAGAACGCCAGCAUUGGGGCCAUGGUGCUGCAAGUGUCUGCCACGGAUGUGGAUGAGGGCGCCAACGGCCGGAUACGCUACUCCAUUAUGACGGGCGAUCAGAACCAGGAUUUCAGCAUCAGCGAGGACACGGGCGUGGUGCGGGUGGCCAAGAACCUGAACUACGAGCGCAAGGCACGCUACACGCUCACCGUGCGCGCCGAGGACUGUGCCGUGGAGAACAGCGCCAGCGACACGGCGGAGCUGACCAUUGCCAUACUCGACAUCAACGACAAUCGGCCCACGUUCCUCGAUUCGCCGUAUCUGGCGCGUGUCAUGGAGAACACGGUGCCGCCCAACGAUGGCUAUGUGCUCACGGUGAACGCUUACGACGCGGACACGCCGCCACUCAACUCGCAGGUGCGCUACUUCCUCAAGGAGGGCGACACGGAUCUGUUCCGCAUCAACGCCUCGACGGGCGCCAUUGCACUGCUGAAGCCACUCGAUCGGGAGCUGCAGAGCGAAUAUAUUCUGACACUUGUGGCCAUGGACACGGGCUCGCCGCCGCUCACAGGCACUGGCAUUGUGCGCGUGGAGGUGCAGGACAUCAACGACAAUGGGCCAGUGUUCGAGCUGCAGUCGUAUCACGCCAGCAUUCAGGAGAAUCUGCCCAUUGGCACGCUGGUGCUGCAGCCCACAGCCACGGACAAGGAUGCGGGACUGAAUGCCAAGCUGCGCUUCAAUCUGCUGGGCGAGCACAUGUCCAGGUUUCACAUAGACACGGAAACGGGCGAGAUUACCACAGCCACGGUGCUGGAUCGCGAGGAGACAGCCGUGUACCGACUGACGCUUAUGGCGCAGGACAGUUCCAUCACCGAGCCGCGUGCCUCAUCCGUAAAUCUCACCAUUACAGUGGGCGAUGUGAACGACAAUGAGCCGACGUUUGAGUCCGGCAGCUACAGCACUGCGGUGCCUGACAGGAUAGCCGCGGGGGAGUUUGUUUUUGGCGCCAGAGCUGUGGACCUGGACGAAGGCGACAAUGCUGUGAUUCACUACAGCAUCAGUGGCAGGGAUAAGGAGUACUUUGAAGUUAACACCAAGACAGGAGCAAUAAGCACCAGGAUAGAGCUCAAAACUGCGAAGAAACCCCCCGGCGAGACGAGCUUCAGCAUCGUCAUGCACGCCACGGACCAAGGACAAACGCCGCAGAGCUCCACCGCUGACCUGUCGGUGAUGCUGCGUCCCGCGGAGCUCUUUCCCACUUACGCGUACAUGGCCAACACACGCUUCACGCUGCCCGAGGAUGUGCAGCCGGGCAAGAUUGUGACCAGAGUGGCAGCCACCUCCCCGAAGAAGGGCUCCGCGGGCAACGUGCGCUAUGGCAUAGCGGGUGGCAACAUGGGCGAUGCUCUCCGCAUCGAUGCCAGCAGCGGGGCACUCAGCGUGGGCCACGACGGCCUCGACUAUGAGCUGACGCACGUGUACGAGAUCUGGGUGGAGGCGGCGGAUGGGGAUAGGCCCAGCCUGCGCAGCGUCAUGCUGGUGACCAUCAACGUCACGGACGCCAACGACAAUGCACCGAUCAUGGAGCGGCUCAUCUACAACGCCGAGGUGCUCGAGGAGGAGUCCCCGCCGCAGCUAAUAGCAGUGGUCAAGGCCAGGGAUCGCGACUCGGGGGACAAUGGCGAAGUCAGCUAUCGGCUGAGCAACGACUACGAGGGCACCUUCGAGAUCACAGAUGGCGGAGAGAUUUUCACAACGAUGCGACUCGAUCGCGAGGAGCUGAGCGACUACUCGUUCGUCGUGGAGGCUGUGGAUCAGGGCGUGCCGCAGCUCACAGGCACCGCCAGCGUGCUGCUGCAUUUGCUCGACAAGAACGAUAAUCCACCGAAGUUUACGCGGCUUUUUUCGCUCAAUGUCACGGAAAACGCGGAGAUUGGCAGCUUUGUCAUUCGCGUAACCUCUUCGGACUUGGAUCUGGGACAAAAUGCCAAUGCCACGUAUUCGUUCAGCGCAAAUCCCGGGGAGAAGUUCAGGAUUGAGCCGCUCAGCGGCAACAUCACAGUGGCGGGACAUCUGGACCGUGAGCAGCAGGACGAAUACAUACUGAAAGUGGUCGCCUCGGAUGGCGCGUGGCGUGCGGAGACGCCCAUCACGAUCACCAUUCAAGAUCAGAACGAUAAUGCGCCCGAGUUUGAGCACAGCUUCUACAGCUUUAGCUUCCCGGAGCUGCUGCAUCCCGUGGCACUUGUGGGCCAGAUCAUAGCCACAGAUCGGGAUAAGCAGGGACCCAACUCUGUCAUCUCGUACUCGCUGCAGCAGCCAUCGCCCAUGUUCAGCAUUGAUCCAGCCACAGGUGAGAUCUUCAGCAAGAAGGUGAUUCAGUACAAACGAUCGCAGUACGUUCGAUCGCCGGAGAAUAUGUACGCCCUCACGAUCCUCGCCACAGAUAAUGGCAAGCCGCCGCUGUACUCCGAGUGCUUGGUCAACAUCAACAUUGUCGAUGCCAAGAACAAUCCACCCAAGUUCGAGCAGUCCGCUUACCUCUCGCCGCUGCCAGAGCACGCGCGUCCGGGGCAGCGCAUUGUGCGGGUGCAUGCCACAGACAAGCAGGACAUGGGCGCUGCCAACGAAAUGGAUUAUGCGCUGGUCAAUGGCAACCUGAGCGCGUUCUUCACCAUUGGCAAGCACGAUGGCUGGAUAUCGCUGGCCAAACCGCUGCUGAAUGUGCCCACUAACACGCGCUUCGAGCUCACAGUCAAGGCCAUCGAUCAUGGCGUGCCGCCGCAGUCGGACCAGACACGCGUUACAAUUGUGGUUACUGGCGAGAACCGCCACACGCCGGAGUUUACGGCGCGAAGUUACCAAGUGAUUGUGCCCGAGAACGAGCCCAUAGGAUCCACCAUACUGACAGUGGGCGCCACGGACGAGGAUGUGGGACCCAAUGGAAUGCUGCGCUAUGCCAUUUCGGGCGGCAACGAGCGACGCGACUUCAUGGUGGAUGAGCGCACGGGCGGCAUACUGAUACGCCAGCAGCUGGACUAUGACCUCGUGCAGGAGUAUCAUCUGAACAUAACAGUGCAGGAUUUGGGCUUCCAGCCGCUGUCAGCGGUGGCCAUGCUGACGAUUAUCCUCACGGAUGUGAACGACAAUCCGCCGCUGUUCAAUCAGUCGGAGUACCACGGCUACGUGGCGGAGAACAAGCCAGUGGGCACGUUCGUGUUCCAGGCACACGCCACCGACAAGGACUCGCCGAAGAAUGCCAUCGUGCACUACUCCUUCCUGCCCAGCGGCACGGAUCGCCACUUCUUUGCCAUGAGCUCCGGCAAUGGCACCAUCACGUCUGCGGUCAGCUUUGACUACGAGGAACGGCGCACCUACACGAUGCAGCUGAAGGCCAAGAACCCGGACUCGAGCAUGGAGAGCUAUGCCACGCUCUACGUGCACAUCCUGGGCGUCAACGAGUUCUAUCCGCAGUUCCUGCAGCCCGUGUUCCACUUUGAUGUGUCCGAGACCUCGGCCGUGGGCACCAUUGUGGGCGCCGUGCAGGCCACGGACAAGGACAGCGGCGAGGAUGGUCGCGUCUACUAUCUGCUGGUGGGUUCCAGCAACGACAAAGGCUUCGCCAUCAACACGCACACGGGCGUUAUACACGUGGCGCGGCAUCUCGAUCGGGAAACUCAGAAUAGAGUAGUGCUCACGGUCAUGGCUAAGAAUUACGGCAGCAUUCGGGGCAACGACACGGACGAGGCGCAGGUCAUCAUCUCCAUUCAGGAUGGCAACGAUCCGCCAGAGUUCCUCAAGCGCUACUACACGUCGGUGAUCUCGGAGGCAGCGCCCAUUGGCACCAAAGUCACCACAGUCCGUGCCGUGGACAAGGAUGUGCGGCCGCAGAAUAAUCAAUUCAGUUACUCCAUCAUCAAUGGCAACCUGAAGCAGGGCUUCAAGAUCGAUGUGCAGAGCGGAGAGAUCAGCACAGCGGCGCGGCUGGAUCGCGAGGACAUUGCCCACUACAGCCUCGUGAUUGGAGCCAUUGACACCGGGCUGCCGCCACAAACGGGAAGCGCCACAGUGCGCAUAGACCUCGAUGAUGUCAACGACAAUGGUCCGAUGUUCGCGCCCGAGGGACUGCUGGGUUAUGUGUCCGAGAACGAACCCGCGGGCACAUCGAUCAUGACACUGUCGGCCACCGAUCCGGAUCUGCCGCGCAAUGGCGGACCCUUCAGCUAUCAGCUGGUGGCCGGCAAGCACAAGUCCUGGCUGAGUGUGGACAAGGUCUCAGGUCUGGUCAAGUCCACGGCCAGCUUUGAUCGCGAGAUAACGCCCACAUUGGAGGCGAUAAUUGAGGUGGAGGACAGCGGCAAGCCGAAGCAAAGGGCGCAGCACACGCUGACCAUUACGGUGCUCGAUCAGAACGAUAAUCCCUCAACGCCGCGGAAUCUGCACGUGACAGUCAGCAUCUUCAAUGGAGAUCUGCCUGCGCAUGUCAAACUGGCGGAUAUUCAUCCGAAUGACAUUGACAUUGUGGGCGACUAUCGCUGCCGCUUGCAGAGCCAGCCGCAGGCACAGCAUCAGCUGCAGCUGGCCAUACCCCGAGGCUGUGAUUUGUACACCACGGCGCACACCACGCCCACUGCUUACGCCUACAGCUACACGGGCAACGAUGGCAAGCACAGCGAUGUUACCUCUAAGCUGACUGUUGACUUUCAGGCGUUCAACAACGAGACACUUGCCCACACGGUGUCCGUGCUGGUGCGCAACAUGACAGCCGGACAGUUCCUGGCGCAGCAUUAUCGCCCUGUGGUGGACAUGCUCAAGUCCCGCUUGGCCAGCGACGAUGAACUCUUCCUGUACAGCCUCUUGGGCAAUGGCAGUGGCAACGCCAGCAGUCUGGAGGUGCUGUUAGCUGUGCGCUCCGCCAAGCGCAGCUACCAGCAGCCGCGUCAUGUCAUUGAGCGGCUCAGGGAGAAGCGUGCCGCUCUCUCGGAGCUGCUGCAAAAGGAGGUCGUCAUUGGCUACGAGCCCUGCAGCGAGCCCGAGGUGUGCGAGAAUGGCGGCGUUUGCAGUGCCACCAUCCGACUGCUGGACACACACAGCUUUGGCAUCGUGGACAGUCCCACGCUGGUGCUGAGUGGGCCGCGCAUUGUGCACGACUACAGCUGCCAGUGCACGAAUGGAUUCUCGGGAGAGCAGUGCAACCGCAGGCAGGAUCCCUGCCUGCCCAAUCCCUGCCAGCUGCAGGCACAGUGCCGGCGCAUUGGCAACGACUUUCAGUGCGUUUGUCCGGCGAAUCGCGACGGCAAGCAGUGCCAGCGGGAGCGCAGCGACGUGUGCUGGAGCAAGCCCUGCCGCAAUGGAGGCAGCUGCCAACGCAGCUCCGAUGGUUCCUCCUACUUUUGCCUGUGUCGGCCGGGAUUCCGCGGCAAUCAGUGCGAGAGCGUGUCAGACUCGUGUCGACCCAAUCCCUGUCUGCAUGGCGGUUUGUGUGUCAACCUGAAGCCGGGCUACAAGUGCAGCUGCACCGCCGGACGCUACGGACGCCACUGCGAGCGCUUCAGCUACGGCUUCGAGCCGCUCUCCUACAUGACCUUCCCCGCGCUGGAUGUGACCACCAAUGACAUUUCCAUUGUGUUUGCCACCACGAAACCCAACUCCUUGCUGCUCUACAACUACGGCAUGCACAGUGGCGGCCGCUCGGACUUCCUGGCCAUUGAGCUGGUGCACGGCCAGGCCUACUUCUCAUCGGGUGGCGCACGCACAGCCAUCAGCACCGUGGUGGCAGGCCGCAAUCUAGCCGAUGGCAGCUGGCACAAGGUUACGGCUACACGGAAUGGACGUGUCAUGUCUCUCAGCGUCGCCAAGUGCGCGGACUCUGGGGAUGUGUGUGCCGAGUGCACGCCCGGGGACUCCAGUUGCUAUGCGGAUGAAGUGGGUCCCGUGGGCACACUCAACUUUAACAAGCAACCGCUGCUGAUUGGCGGCUUGGCCUCCGCGGAUCCCAUACUGGAGCGGCCUGGCCAGGUGCACAGCGAUGAUCUUGUGGGCUGCCUGCACAGCGUGCACAUCGCGGGACGCGCUCUAAACCUGAGCACACCCCUCAGGCAGCGCGGCAUUCUGCCUGGCUGCAAUCGCCAGGCCUGUCAGCCUUCCCUGGCAGCCGAGCGCUGUGGUGGCUACGCCGGGCAGUGCAUUGACCGCUGGUCCAGCUCGUUGUGCCAGUGCGGCGGGCAGCUGCACUCACCCGACUGCUCGGAUUCCCUGGAGCCAGUGACGCUGAGUGGUGGAGCCUACCUGGAGUUUCGCAUCUCCGAGCUGCAUCGUCGCAUGCAGCUGCUGGAUAAUUUGUACAACAGCAAGGACGCCUGGUCGGACAGCAGCACACGGGAGAGACGACAGAUUGCGAGGCAGAACAUUAGCAGCGUGCCAGCAGCAGCAUCGCAGAUCUAUGAAGCUCCCAAGGUGCUGAGUCUGCUCUUCCGCACGUACAAAGCCCAAGGAUUGCUGCUCUAUUCGGCCACCAAUCAAAUGUUCACUUCGCUCUCGCUGAAGGAGGGCAAACUCGUCUACUACUCCAGGCAGCAGCUGACCAUCAACAUGACGGUGCAGGAGCCAGCGACGCUGCACGAUGGUCGCUGGCACAAUGUCAGUCUGCACAGCGAGAGUCGCAGCCUGCAGCUGUUCAUUGACGGGCGCCAGGUGGGCGAUGAGCUGGACAUUGCGGGCGUGCACGACUUUCUGGAUCCAUACCUGACCACACUCACGGUGGGUGGCGCGCCCAGCGGACACGGCAUGGAGGAAGUGUUCGUUGGCUGCGUGGCAAACUUCACCAUCAACCACGAGCUGCAGCCGCUGAACGGCUCUGGCAGCAUAUUCCCCGAGGUGCGGCAUCACGGCAAGGUGGAGCUCGGCUGCAGCGGGGACAUUGGCGUGGAUGCGGCCCAAGUAGCGGAUCCGCUGAGCAUCGGCAUUACUUUGGUCAUCGUGUUCUUUGUCAUUCUGGUGGUGGCCAUUCUCGGGUCGUAUGUCAUCUACAGAUUCCGUGGCAAACAGGAGAAGAUCGGCAGCCUCAGCUGCGGCGUGCCUGGAUUUAAAAUCAAACAUCCUGGAGGAGUGCUGGGCGGGCCACCUGUGCCUCAAGUGGAUCACGUGCUGGCACGUGGCCUGCACCCCAACGAAGCGCCAGCGCCACCGGUGGGCGCCAACGAGCACUUGCGUCCACCCACGCACCAUCUCGUGGGACCGGAGCUGCUGACCAAGAAGUUCAAGGAGCGCAGCGAGCUGACACCAACGGCGGAGCUGCCACAGCCACAGCAGCGGCCCCAGCGGCCGGACAUCAUAGAACGCGAAGUCGUGGGCAAGAGUCCGCUGAUCAGGGAGGAGCAUCAUUUGUCCAUGCCGCCGCCGAAUGCCAUGCAUCCGCUCGAUCACGGCAGCUCUGUGGACAUGGGCUCCGAGUACCCCGAGCACUACGACCUGGAGAAUGCCAGCUCCAUCGCUCCCUCGGACAUUGACAUUGUGUACCACUACAAGGGCUACCGCGAGGCGGGUGGCAUGCGCAAGUACAAGGCCACCUCCCCGCCCGUGGCAGCCUACACGCACCACAAGCACCAGAGUGCCGCCAGCCAGCAGCAGCAUCGCCACUCGCCCCGCGUGGCGCCGUUUGUGUCUCGAAACCAAGGCGGACAGCCGCCGCCGCCGAACAGCGCCUCGCGCACCCAUCAGAGCACACCGCUGGCGCGGCUCUCGCCCAGCUCGGAGCUGAGCUCCCAGCAGCCGCGCAUCCUCACGCUGCACGACAUAUCGGGCAAGCCGCUGCAGAGCGCGCUGCUGGCCACCACCUCCAGCUCCGGCGGUGUGGGCAAGGACGCCCUGCACUCGAACAGCGAGCGCAGCCUGAACAGCCCCGUGAUGUCGCAGCUCUCGGGGCAGAGCUCCAGUGCCAGCAGGCAGAAGCCCGGCGUGCCGCAGCAGGCACCGCCACAGACCUCCAUGGGUCUGACGGCCGAGGAGAUUGAACGCCUCAAUGCCCGGCCGAGAACCUGCAGCCUCGUCUCCACCCUCGAUGCUGUGUCCUCGAGCAGCGAGGCGCCGCGCGUGCCCAGCAGCGCCCUGCACAUGUCCCUGGGCGGCGGCAUGCACAACACGGACGUGGAUGCCCACAGCUCAACGUCGACGGAUGAGAGCGGCAACGACAGCUUCACCUGCUCCGAGAUCGAGUACGACAACAACAGCUUGAGCGGCGAUGGCAAGUACUCCACCAGCAAGAGCCUGUUGGAUGGUCGCAGUCCCGUCGCUCGAGCGCUCAGCGGUGAGCCCAGCCGGAAUCCGAGUGUCGUCAAGACUCCACCCAUACCCCCACACCCAUACGAUGGCUUCGAGUCCUCGUUUCGCGGCUCGCUCAGCACUCUCGUCGCGAGUGACGAUGACAUUGCCAACCAUCUGAGCGGUAUUUAUCGUAAAGCGAAUGGCGCCGCCUCCCCCUCAGCCACCACACUGGGCUGGGAGUAUUUACUCAACUGGGGGCCAAGCUAUGAGAAUCUGAUGGGCGUGUUCAAGGACAUAGCAGAGCUGCCGGAUACGACAGGCACGCAGCAGCAGCAGCAGAAUCAACAGCAGCAGCAGCCACAACAGCAGCAGCCACAGUCCGUGUCCACGCUGCGGAUGCCCUCGAAUGGACAGGCAGCACCAGAGGAGUACGUUUAGAGCGGCAGACAAAUAUUCGUAUUUAUAUUUAUGUGUAAAUUGUGUGUAAAAUUGCCCAGCCCCAAACCCAAACCCAAACCCACCCAAUCCCUCCAUCCUCUAAGUAGGUGUUAAAAAAGUAUUGCCAUUCCAUUUCGCAAUUUAUUGUACAACGAAAAAACGAACGCAGAUAAAUAGUUUGUAGUUGCAUAGAUCUAAUGCCUAAUCUAAUAAUAGUUUAGACUUUAGUUGCUAUUUGAAACGCCUUGUAUCAAGGCCAAAACAUCCUAAGUAAAUUUCCAUUAGGGUUUGACAAAUGGACAAAUGUAUUGACUGAUCUAUCCAUGUAUUUAUGAGCAAAUUGGAUCACUUUUAUGGAUAACACUUUCCCCACUCGUGUGUA